AAUUGUUCUGAGUAGUAAAAGUGACUGAUAAGUUAAUAUUUUCUUAAAAAAAUCAGUUUUUUUGAAGGAAGACAAUGUUUUGGUUUUUUUUUUUAGAGGUAUUUGUAUUUAUUUCUAAACCCUGAAGAGAAUUUGAUGAAUAAUGUUCAGAAUCAGACACUGGGACCUGCCAGAGGACAAAUAACAAUAUGAAUAGCAGCUGAUUUGCUAAUGUGCAGUUGACUCAAGGUAUACACCACUUAUGUAGGGGGUCACUUAUUUGGGCAUCCUUAGGUCCAGAAUAUUGAGCUGAUGUGCAUGUAAGAGCUAGUGGGAUACACAUUAUUGGGGGGGUUGUAUAAAAUAAAGCUUUCAAAAGUCACAGAGGUGAUAGGAAAUACUGAUGCUAAUACUCCUACCCUUGAUUUGUGUUGAUCCUUUAAGCCUACACUCUAACACUGUUUAUUCCUACUGUACAAGUGACUGACCACCUUAUGUCUCACAUUUCUCAGUCAACUCCAAAUUAGAGGCCAGAAUUGGGGGUUGAGGGUGGAAACGAGCCAUCGGUAGGAGGUACAUUAAUGACAAACAAGAAGUAUGUCAGGGGAUGGGACAGGAAUGGCUAGUUACCACCAGGGGAAAUUAAGGAAACUGGACAGAGGAGCCCUCUGUGUUCUUUCUCACAUCUGCAUGGGCAUCCACAGUGAUCUCAUAAAAAUUUCAAUUAAAAAUACAAGCACUGCCAACUGAGGAUAUAGGGGCAAUGCUGAAAUAGAAGAAUAUUGACUAGUUUCCAAAGGCAGCCUUGUUAGUAAUUAUUCACUGUGAAAUGAUGGUUUUGAGUCAUUCCCCCCAUAGGUUAAAUUAAUCACAUGUUGAUUCAUCAUACUCUUAGGAAGUUUAAAAGAUACUUUUAAAAAUGAUUAACACUUAGGGUUUUAUACAGAAAAUUAAUUUCUGAGUCCCCCUCCCCUAUUUUCAGCAAUGUGCAGCUACUCUGUGAGAAAACAUGAAGUAUUAGAAUUAUCUUUCAAGUGUAGUCAGAUAUAAAGUAAAAGUUUAUUUUACUUGGACUGCAGGAAAAAAGCUGUUUCUUAAUAGAUUCAAGUGAUGUCCAAGUACCAUCAUUAGGUGGUUGACUUUAAGCCAUCUAAUGUGAAUUGGAAGGAAAGAGUGUCCCCGCUCCCACAUCCCACCUGAAGACUCAUUCUACAAAGGAUGCAGUCUUAGUCUGGAAGGGACUCAAGUGGUCACUUGGUCUGUUUUUAUGAGUUUGUCUAUAUUCUACUAGAUAUUCUGGCUAGUGUCUAGAAUUGAACAAGUUAUAUGGAAUCGUGUCCAUGUGAUUUGCUUUUCUGUUUUCUUUUUUUUUUUUUUGGCCAGGAGAAAUGUGAUACUAACUUGGAACCAAAAUAUGCUUAUUCUGCAGAAUUAUUAGAUUUAUGGGGGGGGGGGAGUUGUUUGCUUUAAUGUUACUUGCUAAUUUUAUUCUCAGUAGCUCCAAUUUUACAGGUAGAGAACAUUUGAGCACUCCAUGGUGAUACAUCAUAGUCUCCCUUGAUAAUCCAGUAUGGACAUUUUUAUAGAAAUCCUAGGGUUAAAAACUAUCCAAAGUUGCAAAUACCUGCUAAUGGUUCUCCAAAGGCAUUUUGAUUUGAUCUGCAUAAGUACUGACCCAGGUUUCAAUAAUCAGACUCAUAGCUACAUCUUAAAUACUUGCAUAUUAACUCUUAAUAGUAUCAGAUUUCUUUUAUAGUUAGAUUUGCUGUGAUGCAUUAUUAACCUGUGCAUAAGCCUGCUAAAAACUUUUUCCUUCCUGAUUCAAAUAGGUUUAUGGUGUUGUUUUGGUGGGUUUUUUGUUUGUUUGUUUGUUUUUGUAGCUUAGGAGUUGUUCCUGUGAGAAUUUAAUUAGAUUUGAAAUUUGAAAACUAGAAUUCGUGAUUACUGCCAAUGAUGGUGGAGAGUAUUCUCUUACAGAAUAUAUGUUUUUGACACUGUCGGGCAGGGAAAAUGCAUAUGAAUUGUAUAUACACAAUAGGGACUAGUUUUCUGGAUUUAGACUCUCAGGGCAGAUGGAAAAGUAAUAAAAACAAGGACUUCCCAAGAAGCAAGUAGCAGGUUUACAAGCUGACUCUUUGGGAUGGGGACAGCACAGAGUGGACUUGCAGAGUGUGGCUGAGUGGUAGAAGAUGGGGGUCAAGAUUUGUGACAACCUUGCCCAAGUGAUCUGUAGCUGGUUACAGUGCAACUCAGUUUUAGCCGAUGUGCACAACUUCUGGGAAGGCUGAGCCUCAGCGACAGUUGUUAGAGAUCCCAAUGGUGGAGGUAGAGAUGCUGGGCACAGAAUGGAACAGUCACUGGCUGCUUGGAGAUCAGCCUCUGUAAAUCAUAGGCACCAAAAACUUGUGUGCCACUGGAGUCACUGUGGAGAGAGCAGGAGGGUACAUGCUUCCAAUUGGUGUUCUGAUGCCCUUUAAAGUGCCUGGAGCACUUCAGAGACACUGCAGAAAUGUGUUGGACAGUUAUUAGCAUCUCAGUACAUAGCAUCCAUUGUUUUUUAAAAGCUUUCCCCUUUACAAAAUCCUAAUCUUCUCUAUAUAAAGUAAAUGUCAGUCUACUGUAAAAGCUGACCAAAAUUACUUUUGUUUUACGCAGCAUGUUAGUUAUAAGGACGGAAGUAAAAACCCAACGAGAAGAAUUUGAUCAAUUGAUUUAAGAUUGUUGGAGGAUUGAAGUGUUACUUGAUUGCUGGUCUUAUCCAGGAUUUUGAGAUUUCAAGGAAAAGUGGACAAUGGCUGCUUUUAUCCUAGGGAUUUCAGCAGUCAUAUGAUCUACCAACCAGCCCCCAGGAACAGCAAGCGCCGGCAGUCUCUGUGCUGAGGAGUCCGUGUAGAGGAGGAACGUCAAAGUGGGUGGCAUGUGCUGGCUUAGGAAUCAUUUAGCCAAGAACUGGUUUUGGUCAUGACUAUAAUAUAUGCAUAACAGUUGCAUUUUGUAGAGACAGGACACAUGAAUGGUCUGAGAUUUAUUUGGUCGAGUUGGUGGAGCUUGAGGAGGCAACAGGAGGGAUGCCAGUGGGGAUCAGCAGUUUCCUGAGGAGCCCAGGGGAAGCUGUCAUGGCCAGGUUGGAGACAGGGACAGUGGAUCAUCUUGUUAAGCCCUCUCAGAGAAGUUACUGGCGUGUGGACCAUGUAUGAAAUCACACACCUCUUUGGGCAUAAGUAAAUGGAAAGGGGAUUUUGGCUAUAUAAAGGAUACCAUUUGUAAACUCCCAGGAAUUUACUUAAGCUUGACUCUCUCUUGUGGUGAACAUGACUAUGGAGAAAUGAACUGAGCAAGUCAGAUCAUAGAAACUGCAUGUCAUUGCUUUUACAUGGCUUCCGAUUUCUGAACAUUGUAUGCUCCAUUGUGUUCCUCUCUUGCAGGCACACAUGCAAGAACUCUGAUUUGAGGAGACAGGAUAAAGGUUAUAAAAUCACCUGACUGAGUAAUAGGGAAUUGAGUUCUAGCAAGAUUGAUGCCAAGUUUUUUUUUGGUUGUUCCAACUCUGCGCUCCAGAAGUGGUGACUUUGAGGUGUGACCCUGCCCACAUUUGGGCCCAACCCGUGCCAGCUUCUCAGUAAGGAGGUCGUGACUUGAUAAGACGAGAAAAACAGUGUCAACCAGUGAUAGCCGUAGAGGAAAAAAGAAGUAAACACGGAGCCAUUUCUUCCUGCGUGUGGAUGCUAGUUCUCGCAGGGGGAAAUUUCACGGUUUAUCAGUUGGCAAAAAAUGGAGUUCUAUGACAGAGGCUUCUUAGAAGCAUAAACUCCUGUUCCAAUGACGUCAAGUUCGCCUAUUGGCUUGGAAGGCCCGGACCUGUCUUCCAUCAACACCAUGAUGUCAGCAGUAAUGAGUGUAGGGAACGUCACAGAGAAUGGAGGGAGCCCCCAGGGCAUCAAGUCCCCUGUGAAGCCUCCAGGACCAAAUAGGAUUGGCAGAAGGAACCAGGAAAUGAAAGAGGAGAAGUCUUCCUACAACUGCCCCCUGUGUGAAAAGAUUUGCACUACCCAGCACCAGUUGACUAUGCACAUUCGUCAGCACAACACAGACACUGGAGGAGCUGACCACUCAUGCAGCAUCUGCGGGAAGUCCCUGAGUUCGGCCAGCUCCCUGGAUCGCCACAUGCUGGUGCACUCGGGCGAAAGGCCUUACAAAUGUACUGUGUGUGGCCAGUCUUUCACCACCAACGGGAACAUGCACAGACAUAUGAAGAUUCAUGAGAAGGACCCCAACAGUGCUACAGCUGCAGCCCCUCCAUCCCCUCUGAAGCGCAGGCGGCUGUCCUCUAAGAGGAAGCUGAGUCAUGAUGCCGAAUCGGAGAGAGAAGACCCAGCACCAGCUAAAAAGAUGGUAGAAGACGGGCAGUCAGGUGACUUGGAGAAGAAGGCUGAUGAAGUCUUUCACUGCCCAAUAUGCUUCAAGGAAUUUGUUUGCAAGUAUGGACUGGAGACGCACAUGGAGACCCAUUCAGAUAACCCACUAAGAUGUGACAUUUGCUGUGUCACCUUUCGAACACACCGAGGACUGCUGCGCCACAACGCACUUGUCCACAAACAGCUUCCCAGGGACGCAAUGGGAAGGCCUUUCAUCCAGAACAAUCCUUCGAUUCCUGCUGGCUUCCAUGACUUAGGAUUCACUGACUUCUCCUGUAGAAAGUUCUCUCGCAUUUCUCAGGCCUGGUGUGAAACAAACCUACGAAGGUGCAUCAGCGAGCAGCACCGUUUUGUCUGUGACACCUGUGACAAGGCGUUCCCCAUGCUCUCGUCCCUCAUUCUGCACAAGCAGACCCACAUUGCCUCGGACCAGGGACGGGAAAAGCUGCAGGCCAAGACCCUGGCCGGUGAUGUUCUGGACCAGAAGGCCUUCCUAACCUUGCUGGGCCUGCAGCACACCAAAGACAUCAAGCCUGUGCCCACUGAGGAGCCCCUGCCCGAUGACAACCAAGCAAUACAGCUCCAGACACUCAAGUGUCAGCUACCUCAGGACCCUGGCUGCACCAACGUGCUGAGUCUGUCUCCUUUCGAAGCUGCUUCCCUAGGUGGUUCUCUCACAGUCCUUCCAGCUACCAAGGAGAGCAUGAAGCAUCUGACCCUACAGCCCUUCCAGAAGGGCUUUAUCAUCCAGCCAGAUAGUAGUAUUGUGGUCAAGCCCAUCUCAGGAGAGUCAGCCAUCGAGUUGGCAGACAUUCAGCAAAUUCUGAAGAUGGCAGCCUCGGCUCCCCCACAAAUCAGUCUUCCACCUCUCUCCAAGGCCCCUGCCACCCCUCUGCAAGCAAUUUUCAAGCACAUGCCCCCUCUGAAGCCAAAGCCCCUGGUCACACCCCGGACGGUGGUGGCCACCUCUACACCCCCUCCUCUCAUCAACACCCAGCAGGCCUCCCCAGGAUGCAUCAGCCCCAGCCUCCCACCACCACCCCUGAAGCUCCUCAAGGGCUCAGUGGAGGCCGCCUCCAAUGCCCACCUGCUGCAGUCCAAGUCGGGGGCCCAGCCAAACACGGCCACCCAGCUCUUCCUGCAGCAGCCCCGGGUAGAACUGCCAGGCCAGCCCGAGAUGAAGACGCAGCUGGAGCAGGACAGCAUCAUUGAGGCCCUGCUGCCCCUGAGCAUGGAGGCCAAGAUCAAGCAAGAGAUCACAGAGGGGGAUCUGAAGGCCAUCAUGACAGGGCCCAGUGGCAAGAAGACCCCUGCCAUGCGCAAGGUGCUAUACCCCUGCCGCUUCUGCAACCAGGUGUUUGCCUUCUCGGGAGUCCUGCGUGCCCACGUGCGCUCCCACCUGGGCAUUUCACCCUAUCAGUGCAACAUCUGCGACUACAUCGCUGCCGACAAGGCCGCUCUCAUCCGCCACCUGCGCACGCACAGCGGGGAGCGACCCUACAUCUGCAAGAUCUGCCACUACCCCUUCACAGUCAAAGCCAACUGCGAGCGGCACCUGCGCAAGAAGCACCUCAAGGCCACCCGCAAGGACAUCGAAAAGAACAUCGAGUAUGUGAGCAGCAGUGCGGCAGAGCUGGUGGACGCCUUCUGUGCCCCCGACACGGUGUGCCGGCUGUGCGGAGAGGACCUGAAGCACUACCGCGCGCUGCGCAUCCACAUGCGCACGCACUGCGGCCGUGGCCUGGGCGGCUGCCACAAAGGCCGCAAGCCCUUCGAGUGCAAGGAGUGCAGUGCCGCCUUCGCGGCCAAGCGCAACUGCAUCCACCACAUCCUCAAGCAGCACCUGCACGUGCCGGAGCACGACAUCGAGAGCUACGUGCUGGCGGUGGAUGGCGGCCUGGGCCCUGCGGAGGUGCCCGCCGAGGCCUCCGGAAGGGAAGAGGAGAGCGGCUGUGUCGCCUUCAGUGACUGCAAGCCCAUUGCCGCCUUCCUGGAGCCCCAAAACGGCUUUCUUCACGGGGGCCCCGCCCAGCCCCCCCUUCCCCACGUGGCGGUCAAGCUGGAGCCCGCCAGCACCUUCGCCGUAGACUUCAAUGAGCCCCUGGACUUUUCUCAGAAGGGCCUGGCCUUGGUCCAGGUGAAGCAGGAAAACGUGACCUCCUUUCUGAGCCCUUCUUCCUUGGUCCCCUAUGACUGCUCCAUGGAGCCCAUUGACCUGUCCAUCCCCAAGAACUUCAGGAAAGGAGACAAGGACGUGGCUGCUCCCAGUGAAGCCAAGAAGCUGGAGCAGGAGGUGGGGAGCAGUGAGCAGCUGUCCCCCUGCCCACCCUGCCCUACUCUGCCAGUGACCCUGGGGCCUAGCGGAAUCCUGGAAAACCCCACAGCCACAGUGGUGGCUGCCACCCCAGCUGCAGCCCGGGAACCCCAUGCUCAGCCCCUCCAGGGCUCUGUUCAGCUGGCGGUCCCCAUCUACUCCUCAGCUCUCGUUAGCAACCCUCCCCUCUUGGGAAGCUCCGCCCUCUUAAGCAACUCGGCCCUCCUGAGCAGUUCAGCCUUGCUGCGGCCAUUGCGGCCCAAACCCCCCCUGCUCUUGCCAAAGCCCCCAGUGACAGAAGAGCUGCCCCCACUGGCCUCCAUUGCCCAGAUCAUCUCAUCCGUGUCUUCGGCCCCCACUCUACUGAAAACCAAGGUGGCCGACCCAGGCCCUUCAAGCACCAGCAGUAACGCUGUAGCUGCAGACAACUUAGGAGGCACCAUACCCAAAGCUGCUGCCACCCCCGCUGACACCACAGGCCCAAAAGAAUCCAGCGACCCACCCCCUACAGUGAGCAGCCCAGAGGCAGCCUCACCCACUGAGCAGGGGCCAGCUGGCUCAUCCAAGAAGAGGGGCCGGAAAAGGGGGAUGAGGAGUCGGCCCCAUGCCAACAGUGGUGGGGUGGACCUGGACUCGAGUGGGGAGUUUGCCAGCAUUGAAAAGAUGCUGGCCACCACGGACACCAACAAGUUCAGUCCAUUUCUGCAGACUGCAGAGGACGACACUCAGGACGAGGUGGCUGGAGCCCCCUCUGACCACCAUGGGCCCAGUGACGAAGAGCAGGGUAGCCUUCCGGAAGAAAAGCUGCUGAGGGCAAAGCGGAACUCCUAUGCCAACUGCCUGCAGAAGAUCAACUGUCCCCACUGUCCUCGGGUCUUCCCUUGGGCCAGCUCCCUCCAGAGGCACAUGCUCACACACACUGGUCAGAAACCCUUCCCUUGUCAAAAAUGCGAUGCCUUCUUUUCUACCAAAUCUAACUGUGAACGCCACCAGUUGCGCAAACACGGAGUUACCACCUGUUCCCUGAGAAGAAACGGGCUUAUCCCCCCAAAAGAGAGUGAUGUUGGAUCCCAUGAUAGCACAGACAGCCAGUCAGACUCGGAAACACUGGCGGUGGCAGGUGAGGUGCUGGACCUCACCGCUCGGGACAAGGAGCGGCUGCCAUCAGAGGGAGCCGUGGAGCUCAGCCAGGCUGCAGCGGAUCCUCCUGUGGAGGAGGCCAAGGCAGAGGCAGCCUCCCCUGGGAAGGGGCAAGAGAAAGGGGCAGAGGAGAAGCAGGAGCUGGAGGAAGAGUGUGGCAUGGAGGUGAGCGCUGGGGAGGCCCACGGGCCGGAGGAAGACACGGCCAGCAACAAGAGCCUGGACCUCGACUUGGCCAGCAAGCUGAUGGACUUCAAGCUGCAGGGUGAGGCAGGCCCCGUGGGCAGCCAGGGCUCUGCCCAGCAGGACCAGAAGCACGCCUGUGACACCUGCGGGAAGAGCUUCAAGUUCCUGGGCACCCUGAGCCGCCACCGGAAGGCUCACGGCCACCAGGAGCCCGAGGAGGAGGAGGAGACGCAGCCUUCGGAGGGAGAGGGUGCUGGCGGAGCGGCCGAGAGGCCGCCGUCUGUCCCUGCCUCUGAGCCUGAAGAGAAGCCCACUGAACCCCCUGAAGUGGAGCCGGCCCCAGGCGCCAGGGAGGCCUCCGAGGAGAAGCAGAACGAGGAGACAGAGGGCCCCUCUGACGGGGAGGGCACAGCCGAGAAGAGGUCCUCAGAGAAAAGCGACGAUGACAAGAAACCAAAGACGGACUCCCCCAGGAGCGCGGCCAGCAAGGCGGACAAGAGGAAGAAGGUCUGCAGCGUGUGCAGCAAGCGCUUCUGGUCCCUGCAGGACCUCACCAGGCACAUGAGGUCCCACACAGGGGAAAGGCCCUACAAGUGUCAGACCUGCGAGCGGACCUUCACCCUCAAGCACAGCCUGGUCCGGCACCAGCGGAUCCACCAGAAAGCCCGGCACGGCAGGCACCACGGCAAGGGCAGUGACAAGGAAGAGCGGCCCGAGGAGGACAGCGAGGACGAGUCCACCCAUAGCGGCAACAACCCAGUCUCAGAGAAUGAGGCCGAGUCGGCUCCCAGCACCAGCAACCACGUCGCCGUCACCCGGAGCCGCAAAGAGAGCUUGGCCAGCGCCGGGAAGGACUGCGGCCACCGGGAGGAGAAGGGGCGGGCGGCCCCCAAGGAGCAGGCGCCGGGCGACCCCGACCCCGAGGGCCCAGAAACCCUGGUGCAAGACCUGCUGGAGCUGUGCAGCAAGAGGCCUGCCCACCCCGCGCUGGCCCCGGCCGAGGCCACCUCCCAGCUGCUGGGGAUGGAGUGACAUCCCGCCUCGCCCUUGCACAGACAAGCCAGCGGAGCACAGCGUCUCAGAGCUGCAUUUCAGGAGAUUUCGUCAUGGUCCUUCCUUCGGCUGUCGGGAGGAGCCAGCAGGAGGGCAGGAGGAGCCGAGCGGGCCACCGGCCCUGUGCCAUAGCCUUGCGGGCGCCUUGCAGGCCGCAGUACGUGCCGAUUCCAGUGCCUUAACUACUUACGGAGCCUCCGUGUCACCAUGGGGGUUGUGUUUGCCCAAAACGACUUUAACAAGACAGAUAUUUUAAAGAAUUGUCUGGGGAGGACCUCUUCAUUUAAGCAUUAAUGUUACCCUUAGUACCGAUGUGUGUGAGCUUGUUUCUGUGAAUCCGUGACAGUCCUGUUUGUUCUGUGAGCUGGAACAGGAGGGAAAAAAUGCCCUGGGAUCCCCGUAGCCAAUAACUGGAAGAAAAUGAUGUGAAUUUCGUAAUUUCAUGUAAAUGACCAGAGGGAAGAUGGAUGUGAUGUGAUUUCUCAAAGACCUUCCUCUUUCUUUCUUUUUCCCUGUUUGCUCCACAGUGGAGCUGAUCUGGUCCUUGUUAUUAGGAAAUGUGGUCGAUGAAGGUUUCCAAGGCGGCUCAAGCCAAAAUCAGGAAAGAUCUCUAGCUUCAACCUCAUAUUUGUUUCUACUCUUUCCACCUUAGAAAUAGUUACUAUUUCAAGUUCCAAGACAUCCAUUCUUAAUCUACAGAGAAGAGUUACCUCCCCAACAACUUAACCUAUGGAAAACGUACCUGGAUGUUGUCUAUUUGAUUUUCCCCCUUCCCAUUAGGUAUAUGUUAUUAUUAUUAUUAAUAUUAAUAUUAUUGUUAUUGUUAGUUCAUCAGUUUGCUGGGCUCUGCAGUCAGCAGAAACAAAUGGGCAAUAUUUGUCCUUGGAGACCUGCGUGACCACCCCCAGGUCCCCACAGAACCUGCCCCUGCGGGUUCCUGGGCACGCUCCGGUGACAGCUCUCUACUGUAUUCAGACAGGCCUUUCUUCCGCAGCUGCAGACUCCAGCAGGGGCCGGGCCCCCGGAACACAGCUGAGGAAGGCUCGGAUCGGGGAGAGCAAGGCUGCAUGUGCGGCAGGGAACAGGCAUCCAAGACGCCAGGUCAGGCCCGGGGGUGCCACAGGGGUGGUUUUUGAGGAAGCCAGGUGGUGACAGUCCUGUCACUUGUGAGCAAGGUAUCCCAGUCUUCCUGCUAAGCCCAGUCCAAGCCUUGCCCCCGGCUGUGCUACUGUCAUUGAAAAGUGAGGAAAUACUACUACUGGUAAUAAAACUACAUGCAAGGGUUAAGAGGAGAGAUUUCUAUUUACCUUCCUGCGACGUGGGGUUGGUGCUUAAAGACCAAUGUGGUGUCACUAGUUCCUUAAGAGGCCCGAACCGCUGGGUGCAAAAAGGUAGGAUUCCUUUUAUUCGUGAGCAUUCUGUGCAGACAACAGACUUCCCUCGCUGCAGCGAAAACGAUAGGUCCUAUAGCGCUGACCUUGUGUCCAGCAUCCUGCCCUUGAGUCGAGCCCCUAAGGACACCCGAGCCAUACUGCUGCGGGGGCCCCUGCUUGCUGCACCCUGUGGAGCCUCUGGCCUUUCCCUGGGGAGGUGCCCCUCCACUGGGCCUCUCCCCACUGGCCCCUUGUGGCUCCACAGACUCUUCCUUGGCUUAAACCUUGCACAGAGACACAUGCCCUUUUGUUUCCAUUUCAGUUUCCUGUAGCUAAAACCCAACCACCCUGACAUCAAAGGAAGGUGGAUAGUCUUGAAAAAAUAAAAAGUGAUAUCUUUGCAUGUGAAAGGAAAAUCGAUGAGGUAUAUAUGAUUUUUAACUGUAUUGGGAUAUAUGAACCAGUUUAAAAGUGCGGUUUUAUUUACUGUAGAGAUGAAUGCAGAUCAGAACCAAUGAUCCCUUGGCCUUCUAAGUUGAAACCAGUUCAUGCAUCCCUUAGUUGUUCUUUUUUUAUUAUUAUUAUCACAAUUGUUAUUGUUAUUUCUGUCGUUAUUAUUAUUUGGGGUUCCUUGUGUUUUGUUUUUCUUUGCAACUCUCCACACUAAACUCGCAAUAUUGUGGGGAGAAGCCAUGACUAAACUCUACGCUGCGGUGAGAUGUAGCAGGGGUCAGCCCCCCGCCACGCAGGUCGCCGGGGCUGCAGCUCGCAAUAAUCACUAUUGAUCUAAAGCUUUAUUUAGCCUUGAUCCGUACCCUCGUAGUCGAUAAGGUCUUGCCACGUUUUAUUAGUGAGUUUGACAAGUGUAUUAUUUGUUUGUUGUUCUGCCCCCUUUCCCCUAUAUUAAACUGUGAAAUUUGUGAUUUGUUUAAACGCUGGGUGAAUCAUAGCUUAGUUUGCAUGUCCAGCUAAUUUGUUUCUAUACAUUUUGUUUGAUUCUCUUUCUCCUUCUCUCAGGGCUUUUGCAUAUAUAUAUAUAUAUAUAUAUAUAUAUAUAUAUAUAUAUAUAUAUAUAUAUGGAUCUUCUGAAAAGUUUUUUGAGGUGCAAGUUUUUUUUUUUUCUUUCUCUGUGAUCAAUGGACACAAUGCUGAGAUUCAAUCACUACAUGAAACACCUGGCUGCGUGAACAAAAGAAACAAAGACCCCCAGGGCUGUCUUCCACGCGGCUCUGGGGAAGCUACGUGGCAGCCGGAUGCCAGUUUCAGACAGAUUCAUCAUACGUUCGUCUCUUUCCUCUCCUCUCUUUCUUCAAGAAGGAAUUUGAUCCUAGUGAUUUCAGCCCAUGCAUUAAACAGGAAACAAUAAUAAAUGUGUAGAUUUCAUAUUUUUCUAAAGGGAACUUAAAAAACUGCUGCUACAUGUUAUGUACAAAACUGGUUUAUGCCACAUGAACAGAGAAUCACAAGUUUGGUUUUGGUACUUUUUGUUCCUCUUUGUACUCAGUUGUAUAGAACUUCCAAAUUCAGAAUGAAAAGAAAGCUGUUCUGUAUCAAACCAUCUAAGCAAUAAAUGUUAUAUUUUAAAGACGGCA